AUGCUGCAGCCCGUACAGAAGCAGCAACAGCAGCAACAGCAGCAGCAGCAGCAACAGCAGCAGCAGCAGCAGCAGCAGCAGCAGCUUUCUUGUCAAUGUUACAGCAUCGGCCUUGGCUUGUUGGAGGGCCUCCGCGCACACGGACAGCAGCAGCAGCAGCAGCAGCAGGAACAGCAGCAGCAGCAACCUGUCUGCAGCACAAUGCAGCAGCAACAGCAGCAGCAGCACCAGCUGCUGCAGGGGCCCCCCCCUCAAGGCCUAGGUCCUAGGGGCCCCUCGGGGGCCCCUGAGCUGCAGCGGCACCUGAUGCCUCCUGCUGAUCUCGCUGCGGUAUACAGACAGCAGCAGCAGCAGCAGCAGCUGCAGCAGCAGCAGCAGCAGCAGCAGCAGCACUGGGCUUACCCCCGCGUUCUAGCAGCACCACACUUCGUCUCCCCGCCGCUGCAGCCCCCGGUGUGGCACAGUCUCCCGGCGCAGCAGCCAGCAGCAGCAGCAGCAGCUUCAGCAGCAGCAGCAGCAGCUGCUGCUGCAGCAGCAGCAGCAGCAGCAGCAGCAGCCAGCAGCAACAAGGCACCCACACACUACCGCCAGCCACCAGACCCUCUCUCCUAUCAUCGCAGCAUGGGGGGCAGGCAGCUGCCUGCUGCAGCAGAUAGCUUCGACUACAGCAGCAGCAGCAGCAGCAGCAGCAGCAGCAGCAGCAUGAUGAGUAUCUCGGAUGGGGCCUCAAGGGGGGGGCCGAAGGCUGUUCCUGCGCAGCAGCAGCACCAGAACUACCAGCAGCCUAUGCAUGCUCAGCAGCGUCAGCAGCAGCACCAACACCAGCAGCAGCAGCAACAGCAGCAGCAGCAGCAGCAGCGCACGCAUCACACUGCGUCUGAGCAGCAGCGCACGCAUCACACUGCGUCUGGUGGGGGGACAUACAGGGGCAGCUCAUUUUCAUACAUAAGCGAAAGAAGAGACUCCAGCGGCAGCCGGCUGUACCUGCAGCAGCAGCAGCAGCAGCAGCAGCAGCAGCAACAGCAGCAGCAGCAGGAGCAGCAGCAGCAGCAGCAGAAGCAGCAUAUGGGGGGAGGCUGGAUGGGAGGAGGCUGGGGCGGCCGAGGGAGUGCAGCAGCAUCUACAUCAGCAUCAUCUUCAGCAGCAGCAGCAGCAGCAGCUGCAGCAGCAGCAGCAGCAGCAGCAGCAGCAGCAGAAGGGACAGGCAGCACAAUGCCUUUCCUUGAGGGCGUUGAGGUGUCUGAUGAGCUCGCGGGGAUCGCCGGCCUGGGGGGUGGGGGGGAGGGGCUUGACAGCAGCAGCAGCAGCAGCAGCAGCAGCAGCAGCAGCAGCAGCAAGGGUUCUUUCUUCUAUGACCCGCAGAGGGAUCCCCGGUUGAUGCAGCAGCAGCAGCAGCAGCAGCAGCAGCAGGGGCAUCGAUCGCGUAUGCUGCGGCCGCAGCAGCAGCAGCCGGGAGGGGGUCGUUGUGCUGCUGUCUCCUCCUCUUCCUCUGGAUCAGCAGCAGCAGCAGCAGCUGCUGCUGCUGCAGCUGCAGCAGCAGCAGCAGCAGCAGCAAAGAAAGGGGACAGCAGCAGGAGAGCUGCUGGGGGGGCCCCCUUCACUCUGGAUGAGGGGGCCCUCAUGCUGAUGAGGCCCCAGGACCUAGACAUAGAGAGCCCACUGCCUCUCGAGGAGGAUGUGUUUGGCUUUGCUGCAGCAGAAGAGACAUGGGAGACAUCUGCUGCUGAGGGUCUCCGUGCUGUCUGGCGGCUGCCGCUGGAGCGCCUGAAGCAGCUGCUGCUCAUCCAGCAGCUAGCGCCAGAAGAAGAACCCUGGAUACCCGGUGUAUCCUCAGCAGCAGCAGCAGCAGCAGCAGCAGCAGCAGCAGCAGGAGCAACAGAGGAGACAGUAAAGACAGGGUGUCUCCUUCGUGCUGCUGCUGUGUCUCUUCCCUCGAGCAGCGACAGCAGCAGCCAGCUGCAACUGCAGCAGCAGCAGCAGCACCAGCAGCAGCAGCAGCAGCAGCAGCAGCAGAAGCUAGCUAGCUGUGUCUCCUCUCUCUGCCCCCCCCUGUCUCCUGCUGAUGAGUUAGCGGGUCUCCUUGAGCUGUCUCCUGGGGAGCAGCAAGGAGACAGCAACGGAGACAUGUUUGUCUCCUUUGCUUCUCCCAGCAGCAGCAACUCUGCUGCUGCAGCAUUGAAGCAGCAGCAGCAACAGCAGCAGCAGCAACAGCAGCAGCAGCAACAGCAGCAGCUGCUGCUGCAGCAAUUCAUAGGCAUCAAGCAAGUGUCUCUUCUCCUGGGAUCGGAUCCCGCUGCGCUCAACAGCUUCCCCGUAUCCGCGCUGCGGCAGAACCUAUCCUCAUCAGCUGCUGCUGCUGCUGCUGCUGCUGCUGCUGCUCCUGCUGCUGCUGCUGCUGCUGCACUCAGCAACGGGAUGCCAGCUGUCGCGCUGCUGCAAACAGAAAACGAAGAGGCCGCCAAAAGGCUCUGGCUUGUCUUCUCUUCAGGGGAAUGCAUGGCGUAUGGGUUUACCUUGAUGAUGCUGCCGGACCCCACAGGCCUCCGCGCUUACUGCGAGGCAGCAGCAGCAGCAUUCUCUCCUACGGACUUGGUGGCAGUGCAGCAGCGGCUGCAGCAGCAGCAGCAGCAGCAGCAGCAGAAGCAGAAGCAGCAGCAGCAGCAGCAGCAGCAGCAGCAGAAGGGGGGGAAUAGUCCUGUUACAGCUAUAUUGCCUUAUACCUGUGAAGAAGAUCUGCCGCUGCUGCAGCAGGUGGCCCCGCAGCUGCAUGCAGUUGCUGCUGUUGCUGCUGAUGGCUGCUGCUGCUUGCUGCAGUUCGGGUGUAUAGACACCGCGCUGCAGCACGCUGCUGUUUGCUGCCGAUUCAAAACUCCAGAGGGGGGGACUGUGCUGGCGAUGCUUCUUGCUGUUGCCACGCAGCAGCAGCAGCAGCAGCAGCAGCAGCAGCAACAGCAGCAGCAGCAGCAGCAGCAGCAGCAAAGUGUACGCAGUGCGUUCUCGGCGCUGCGGCUGCUCCCAGCAGCCAUCCGUCUGCCGCCACCUCCUGGGGCAUCAACUGCAGCAGCAGCAGCAACAGCAGCAGCAGCAGCAUCUGCUGCUGCUGCUGCUGCUGCAGCACAGAGACCGCUGCAGGAUACGGAGGGCCUUCCCCCUGCUUUUGCUGAGGCCGUUGCCAGUGCCACGCGCAGCUACAAGCCAGCAGCAGCAGGGGCCUUCCCCCUGCUUUUGCUGAGGCCGUUGCCAGUGCCACGCGCAGCUACAAGCCAGCAGCAGCAGCAGCAGCAGCAGCAGCAGCAGCAGCACGGAAACCACCUCUAG